CACAGUUGGAAUCGGUGGACGUACGUGUGUGUUUGGGGAGCACGUGUGGAAGCGGCGGUGCUGCUGCUGCUCUUAAGCAAGGGGGGAGAGGAGGGGAAAGCAGGCACCGGGGGGCCCAGCCAGCCAGCCAGGAAGCCCCCCAAGGGCGCUGUCAAAGAAUAAGAACCAGAGAGCUGCCCGGGGAAGGACCUGGAAGGGGCCGGUUCCUUCCCUGGCUGAGUCUCCCCGAAGCCCUCCUGCGCAGGCCUUACUCGCAAGGAGGCGCGCGUGCCCUCCCCUAAGACUCCACUUGCCCGCCCUGCCUGCCUCGGUCCCGCUCCAGCCCCUUCCAACGUACCUAGCGGGUCGUCCCUGCUUGCUUUUGUCUGGCUCUGCCCGCCCCUCCCCUCCCGCAGCACCUGCGCCUUCCUCCUCCCGAGGAAGCCGCAGCACCAUGGCCAAUGAAACGUACCACUUCAUAAAAGACAUAAAGCCCGGACUGAAAAAUUUAAAUGUCGUCUUUAUAGUGCUGGAGAUUGGGCGGGUCACCAAGACCAAAGACGGGCACGAGGUGAGGUCGUGCAAAGUGGCUGACAAGACGGGCAGCGUCACCAUCUCGGUGUGGGACGAACUCGGCAGCCUCAUCCAGCCGGGGGAUAUCAUUCGGCUGACCAAAGGGUAUGCGUCUCUGUGGAAAGGAUGCCUUACGCUUUACACCGGAAGGGGAGGCGACCUUCAAAAAAUUGGCGAGUUCUGUAUGGUGUACUCUGAAGUGCCCAACUUUAGCGAACCCAACUCCGAUCUUGGGCAGUCCAAUAAAGCGGGGCAAAGUGAACCGAGCAAUUCCCUUCUGCCAACUAAUAUCAGUACUUGCACUUUUGGACCAACUGCAAAUGGCUUACAAACAGGAUCUGAGUUGAGCGGAUUACCGGUGGCGUACAAUCACACCGCCUCCUAUGCAGUUCCUGCUUUCUGUUAUAUGGAGAGAAGGAUUCUGUCGUGGCCCUCCUCUCCCACCCUGCAAGAAAACGCAGAGAAGCUGCUAAUGUGUUACGUUCGAAGGAGGGAAAUGUCUUAAAGCAGGGGGUCCUAGUAUAAAAAAAUCAGAGGUUCUUGGUUGAAAAUUAGAAGUUGUUUUCUGAAACGAAAGCUGAAUUUGGUUGGGCGCUUGUUUUGGUGUGCGUUGUUUUUUGGUUCCAUUUUUGCUUAUCCCAGCCGUACAGCCUUAAGAUUUCUCUUUCCUGGUCCUUCGACCCCCAUGUGGCUAAUGGGAGCCCCUCAAACAAAAUAAAUGGCCCACAUCUCCUCCUGAAUUGUCCAGAGUUGUUAAAGUAACCAGGCAACAAAUGCUGAAGGGUAAUCUAGUGCGGCAAGCGUGGAGGAGAGUGAUAAGUUCUCCGGUUUGGGGGAUGGCUUCGUUUGACUGGAGAAAGCCGAAUUUCUCUUGCCGAAACAUGCUUGUUGCUCCUUCCAUGGUCCAAUGUGAAAUACUCUCUAGUAACGGCUUCCUUUUGUAACCCUUGAGAAACAGAGUUCAGAGGGCAAGAAAUACUAAACAUGGUUAGGAAAGUUCAGAUAAAUCCUGACUGUGCUUCUGAGCCGAGUUCUGAUCCCCCUCUUCAGAAUAUUUAUGACAUCAGUGGGAGUCUCAUUGAAAUUGUUAAGGGUAGUACAAUGGGCAAGUUAUACAGUCAUCGUCAGUUGUGGUGCAGCUGUAACUGGACCGUAUCAUUUCUAGGUGAAAGUUGGAAAUCUGCGUGUUGCCCUGUGCCAGGGGUGGAGAAACCCAACCCGUGGUACAGAAGCUGAACAUUCUGGCAGGCUAGCUUUUCCCCUUUGCACAAUAGUCUGUUUCACAAUAGGGAGAGCAUUUUGGACUCUUCCAGUGCAAUCCUCAGCAGGAUUAUUCUUCUAAGCCCUUAGAAGAGGCUAACUCUACUUAGGAUGGCACAGGUAAAACUCACAUCUGCAGUGAAAGAGACAAACGUUACCGUUUUAUUCUGCUGUUUGUUUAAACCGGGCCCAGGUGUGCUCAAGGGAGGAGCUGCCAAGAAAAUGGUCAGUGCAAAGAAAACUGAACCCACCGCACCUCCCAGCCUAUCCAACUGAACUCUCAAGUGCCCGUUUGACUCACUCUUGGUUUCAAUUACAGGACUAACCAAUGCUACGAUUGCUGAAAAUGCAACUUUUCUGCCAUUACUGCAGAUUGUUUUCAAGCUACAAAGUAUAUUAAAAAAGAGGAAUAGUUCCAAUCUCCGAAGAUUUUCUCUCUUUGUAAGACAAUUGUAGUUUUUUGGCAAUGUAACACAUUCCUGGGUCUUUGCCCCAAAUAAUCUUCAGAAUUAAGUUUCAUGUUGUUAGGGAAUCACAUUUGGAAUCCACUGAAAUAUUGUAAAACGACUGUCCCCCUCCUGUUUAUUUUUGUUACGGUUUUCCUCAAAGCGGACCUCAUAAAUAAAAGUUGCACUAGCCAUAUUUAAAAAUAACAGAUCAUACUUUUUUCCUUUGACAAGGUUGCCUUCAGUGAAAUUGGACUUGGGAUGCCUUCCUCCCGUCUUUCUUUGGUGUCAGGCCUGAUUGUACUUGUUCGGAAAUGUAUCCCAUUGAUUUAUUUAUUUAUGCUAUUGAUGGUUCUUCCUUUACAUGCUUUAGAAAGCUGCUUUUCCUGCUGUGUUUGUUUUGGUCAUGUUUAAAUUUUUUAAAGCAGCACGCUUUGGUUUAAGAUUCAAGCAGUUAUAGUGUGCCUUGUGUGGAAAGGAUUUGUUGAUGAGGGGGCACCCACCAUGAGUCAACACAAGCAGAUCUGGGCUGCCUACGACUUGGGAAUUGACGCUUGUGGGUCUCAUCUUGAGGAAAAAAAAUACCGCCGCCUUCAGUGGAAUGUUUAUUUUUGCCUGAACCAAUUUGAAUAACGCAUAGACUUCCGUUCUGCUCCCGCAAAAUGCUAUACUCAUGCUUUAGGUAAGUGGUAUUUGUGGAAAGCAUAACUUCCAAAACUGUCUCUUCAGACUAGCAGAACAGAGGAAACUAUUUGCCUGGUUCCCCUUCUCCUUGCAUAGCUGUUAAAGAGGACAGGGGAGGGGGUUUGGCUGGGAGUCUUAUCUUUGCUGCUGCAAUUCUGAGCAGCUUUGGGACUGACUUUUCAUGUUUGAUGCUUUGUGUGAACUCCCAAGUCAUAUUUCAAAGCUAAGCUGGAUGUUGCAGCAGUUCUCUUAAUAUAGCUCAGGCUGUGUAUGCCCUAGAGCACUUUUGGUGGUGUCUGGAUCUCUUCUGUUAUCUAGGAACUUUUAUCGUCUCUGUUAUUAAGAAUGUCUGGAAUAACUUGUUACCUUGAGCAGUAAUUCACAGGGCUAACAGAACUGGGAAGAACGUUUGCUGAAACAAUCGCACCGUGGUCGAGCGUAGACUCUUCCAGUUAUGGGACUUCUGCGUUGGGCACAUAUUUUAUUUAGAUGCUAAAAGCCCUUGGGUUGGCUACAAAGGGGAAAAACCAAAGUUGCAGAAUAAAGCCUUUUCAAACACGACUCCAGCAGUAAUAGCUGCGGAAAAAGGAAGCCGUCUUCAGACAAACUAUUUUCAACAGCAAUUUCUGUGGUAAUUCUGCUAAUCUGUGGGUGAGGGUCAAAUGAGAAUUAACCUGUCUUCCUCGGUGGGAUGCUCAAGAAGCCGUAAUAGCAGGCUUCUCACAAAACAUGACUUGCCCGUGCGCUGUAGGUGUCAAAACUCUUGUAUAUGGAUGAGGUAACCAAAUUGCUCGUUGCAGGUCUUUGAUAGAGAUUUUCUAGAUAAGCGUGUCGGUUUUGUGUGGAGUCGCUUAAGGACUGCCUCAGUCAUACCUGGUUGUCAGAGGUCCUAAGUCCUAGUGGCUUUUGGUAAGAAAUAUGCUCUAAUGUGUUAUUUCUGUUUUCUUAUUGCUGCUUGAUUAAUCACUUUGUUUUGUUUCCUGAAGGGCAAAAGUCCGAGCCGGCGUGGAAUACAACUGCACGCAGGGUGUUCAGCUCAUUUUGUCAUACUAUUUAUGAAGCUCUGGCUAGGUGGGUCGAGUUUUGGGUGGAAUUCCUCUGUCUUGAUAGGCGGGUCCUAAGAAUCGACAUGCUCUAGAGCCAUGGAAUAGGGCUUGAACUGGGUUCAGGCAGAAAAUGGCUGCUGUUUGCAGGCAGAUAGAGUUAGCCAGUUUG